AUGGUUGCUAUCAGUGAAGUAAAAGAGAAUUCUGGAGUUAAUAACAUUAAUUCCGGUGCAGUUACAAGAACUGCGGCUCAUACACAUAUUAAAGGCCUAGGUCUAGAUGAAAGUGGUGUUGCAAAAAGAGUCGAAGGAGGGUUUGUUGGACAAAUAGAAGCUCGUGAAGCAUGCGGGGUGAUUGUAGAUUUGAUCAAGGCCAAAAAGAUGUCAGGUAGAGCUAUCCUAUUAGCUGGUGGCCCAUCUACAGGAAAAACAGCAUUGGCUCUUGCUAUUUCACAAGAGUUAGGUCCAAAAGUUCCAUUUUGCCCUGUUGUUGGUAGUGAACUAUAUUCUGUAGAGGUUAAGAAAACUGAAACUUUGAUGGAAAAUUUCAGAAGAGCAAUUGGUUUAAGAAUUAAAGAAACUAAAGAAGUUUAUGAAGGUGAAGUGACGGAAUUAACGCCUGAAGAUGCAGAAAAUCCUUUGGGCGGAUAUGGAAAAACUAUCUCACAUGUUAUCGUCGGACUUAAAUCUGCCAAAGGUACCAAGACACUAAGAUUAGACCCAACGAUAUAUGAAAGUAUUCAAAGAGAGAAAGUCAGCAUUGGUGAUGUAAUCUAUAUAGAGGCCAAUACUGGUGCAGUUAAGAGAGUUGGUAGAUCGGAUGCAUACGCCACUGAGUUUGAUUUGGAGACUGAAGAAUACGUUCCCUUGCCAAAAGGUGAAGUGCAUAAGAAAAAGGAAAUUGUACAAGACGUUACAUUGCAUGAUUUAGAUGUUGCAAAUGCAAAACCACAAGGUGGUCAAGACGUCAUAUCGAUGAUGGGCCAAUUACUCAAGCCUAAGAAAACCGAAAUUACCGAGAAAUUGAGACAAGAAGUGAACAAAGUUGUUGCUAAAUAUAUUGAUCAAGGGGUUGCUGAACUAAUUCCAGGUGUUUUGUUCAUCGACGAAGUGAACAUGCUAGACAUUGAAAUUUUCACAUACCUAAACAAAGCGCUUGAAUCUAAUAUUGCUCCCGUCGUUGUACUGGCUUCUAAUAGGGGCAUGACAACAGUUCGUGGCACUGAAGAUGUGAUAUCACCACAUGGUGUACCACCUGAUUUGAUUGAUAGGUUGUUGAUUGUUCGUACUUUACCAUAUGACAAGGAUGAAAUCCGUACAAUCAUAGAGAGAAGAGCUGCCGUGGAAAAAUUACAAAUAGAAAGUGCGGCCUUAGACAUUUUAGCUACGAUGGGUACAGAAACUUCGUUGCGUUACGCUUUACAAUUACUGGCACCAUGUGGUAUUUUGGCUCAAACAAGCAAUCGUAAAGAGGUUGCUGUUAAUGAUGUCGAUGAAGCUAAACUGCUGUUCUUAGAUGCUAAGAGAUCAACAAAGAUUUUAGAGACUUCGGAGAAUUAUUUGUAA